GGUACAGUUUCAAAAGGAGGGCUCUCCUUUGCAUUUUCUACUUUGCACAUUUUGUUUCAUGCUUUUGUCUUGCAAGUCUGGGUGUAAGUACUAAGGAUGGCUACCUGCAAUCAGACCAACAGGGUUCCUGUCUGCCUCAUCAUUAUGGGUAUCAUUAUGUUUGCUCUUCUAGACUUAUCAGCUGCAUCAACAGAAAAGAAGUUCCCAAGCAGAAUAUUCAGAGGAAGAGCUCGGCCUUCUGGUGAAAGAUCUACUUCUCCGCUGACAGCAGGACUGAGAAAUGGACGCAGAUUUCGAGGCUAUCAGUCCAGCCCUAUAGAGAGUACAAGAAGAGUAAACUAUGCUCCACUAAAACCCAUCAUUCAAAAUAAAGAAAAUAAGCAACGAGCAUCAGAGUCUGUACAUGUGGCCUCUCUGCAGCCUAUCAAUCCUCAAGGGAAGAGUCAACCAGUAUUUCGAGCAGCUGUUACAAAGCUUAAAAUUCCAGAAGAUUUCCUCCUGGACGCAAAGGAUGUCAAUGUUAGAGUCAUCUCCUCUCAGUCUGUGCUUGUUACAUGGGUAGAUCCUUUGUAUGAAAAAUCAGCAAAAGUUGGACCAAAGAGACAUUACACUGUUCGUUACCGAGAAAAGGGAGAGUCAGCACAAUGGGAAUACAAACAAAUAGCCAUCAGACGUGCUCUAGUAGACCAUCUAAAUCCAGAUGCAAUGUAUGAAUUUUCUGUCCGUAUUUCCCAAGAAGAUCAAGAUGGCCAAUGGAGUUCUUCUGUGUUUCAAAGGACCCCAGAAUCUGCUCCCACAAGUGCACCAGAAAACCUUUUUGUAGCACCUCUGAAUGGAAAGGGGACAGCUGUCACUGUAGAAUGGGAUGAGCUCUCAGAUUCUAGUGGAAGGAUAAAAGAAUAUAUUAUUUCAUAUGCUCCUGCACUGAAACCAUUUGGUGGUAAAACUAUAACCUACUCAGGAAAAACCUCAUCAGCCAUUAUUGAUGGUUUGCAGCCUGGAGAACGUUACAUCUUCAAGAUCAGAGCAGCAAACCGGAGAGGGCAGGGCCCUCAGUCGAAAGCUAUUACAGUCAGUAUGCCAGAAACUAGCAAUGGAAACAAAAAUCGUUACCAGCAACCAUCAGCACAUGAUCUUCAAAAACAAGAUCACUUGAAAACAAGGAAAAAUGAGGUCUCUCAAUCAAUAUUACCUUCAAAAUCUACUGCAGAACCUACACUGGACUCCUCAGAACCUAAGAAAAGCCUUUCACAUUCAGUGACACACAUUGACAAAAAAUCUCAGCUCCCCAGCAGUAAAACUCACCCUCAUUCAAACAUAGAGACUAAAAUAUACAUGACAACUUCAACUCCUAAAAAGUUAGCACCAGCCUUGACAAGACGAAAUCAUCCACUUUCAAAUAAACCAUUUACAUCUGUUUCAAAUGCUGGAAGGAGCCCAUACAAAGUCAAUCCUUUUGAGAAAAAAGUAAGUGCCCUUUCAGUAGAUGAGGAUGAUAAAACUAAAGAUCCAGAACUAGAUGGUUCAGAUAUUGACACUUCCUCAGAGAAGGAUCUGCCAUCUAAGAAAGUUGUUGACAUUACUGAAAGCAAAGAAGAAGAAAAAAUAAAUACAGACUAUGUUCCAUCAAAGAAAGUAGAAAUUAUAAAAAAAACUAAAGUAUCUCACACUCAUAUUGAUUCUACCAACAAAAAGACUGAAAAAAGUAGUCAUGCAGAUACAAUCACAGAUGAAUAUGAUUUAGCAAGAAGCAGACCCAAACCAUCUUUGUCCCCAGCUAUAAAAAGAGACAGUUCCACUAACCACAGAAAACCUUUAAAUAGACUGCAAGGGAAUGGUAGAUCAGGUUCUAAUUUAGCUAAAUCGUCUUCACCAAAUCAGCCAAAAUAUAUUCCUUGGUCAUCUAUAUUCACUGAAAAAAAUGAAGAGAAAGACAUAAACAAAAAAGAGAAAUCACAGUUGAGUCCAGCUGCCCCCUCCCAAAAAUCAUCAAACAGUGAUAACCAAUACUUAGAACAAACAAAAACAGAACCUAAGCAACGUUCACAAUCCAAUUUAGAAAGGGCUAAGGAGUCAUCUUCUGAUUCCAUCUCUCAAUUUAGAGAAAUUAACCCUCUUAAUGGGACUAUUAAAGAGAAAAAAGAAAGCCAAGGUAAUAACAAACAUUCAGAAUUUCCCCAUAAAAGGCAAGAUUUAACAAAGACCGCUGAUUCAUUAAAAUCUUUUCAAGAUAGAACUUCUAGGACAAAACAAAUACACUCUUCAGAUAAAUUUUCUGAUAAUAUACAAGUUAUAGACAGAGUGAAUGAAGAAAAAGAAGUACAAGUGUAUUCUAACACAAAUAAUAAUAAUAAUAAAACAGAAUCUACCAAGCAAUCUCUAAUUUCAAAGUAUAAAACAUUAAGGACAACAGCUAUAAGUGCUUUAAAGACUGCACCUACAUCUGCUUCACCUUCUGAAAUAAAAACCACAAGUAGUCCUAGCAGAUCAAAUUUAAGGGAAUCAUAUAAAUAUGGCACGUUUAAACAGGUUUCUGAUGCUACUGUUAAUAAACAAGCCUCUGUUCCAUCACUUUCUGGGCAGUCAGCUUUAUCAUUAUUAGAAUAUUAUCGGAGAAGAAGUAACCAGGUAAAUUUUAACAUUGGUAGUAAAUUAACAUUAAAUGGUCAGUCAAGAAAUCAAUUAAGUGUAACUACACAGACUACAACAGUGUUUACUACAACUACAACAAAAACAUUACCCAAAGAAAAUGUACAUCUUAAUAAUAAUGAAAGGUCAAUUGAUGUCAACACUGAGAAUGAAGAAUCUCAUCCGAGAUCACCUCUUCCAAAAGCCCCCUCAUAUUCUGAAACUGGCCAACACUCCUUGACUUUGGUUAAAAAUCAGAAAGCAAAAUAUCCAACUACUCAAACAGAGGAUGAAAAGCCAUCUUCAGCAUCACAUACCAUCCCAAAUGAGAAAACAGAUUCUUUUGAACUGCCUGUUAAAAAAGAGGAUUUAACUAGUAAAUAUGAACAAAUUAAAAAAGCAAUUAGUUCUAGAACCCCAAUCAAAAUUAAUAAAUAUGAUUCUCCCAGCAUUAGAAGAAUUGGUCAUACAUCAAAACAAAUAGCAACUGAUGAUGAUUCUUCUGCCCGUCAUAAUCCCCAGUCCUCAGCAGCAAGUAAGAAUAGCCAAUUAACAUCUGCUACUUCUCAUUCAAGCAAUGCAGAUCUCGCUGAUAGUGAUAAAGAAGUGAAGGAGAAACAAACACCAGUGCUUGAAUCUCAAAAGACUUCUCAUUCCGAAAUGUCCUCUCGAUCAAGCACAGUCUCUAAAGUAGGUACUGCAUUACCUAUUGGAAGAGUCAAACCCAUUAAUUCACAGGUCAUAAUUAAAGAUGAAAAACAUCAAACUAAUAAUGAUCCCAUCUCAUUGUUUCAAUCAUCUAAUUCAUAUCUACCAAAUAGUAGAAAUAAUAGAUUUAGGAAACCAUCAAUAAAUAAGCCUGAAUCUCACCCAUCAACUAUAUUAUCUACUGCUGAUACUCAUAUCCAACAUAAUACUGAGAAAGAUAGACAUAUCCUACCAAUUACGACAAUCUUAACCUCAGAAAAAGAAUCAUCUCCGCUGUCAAGGACACAGCAUAUUCAAAAGGAAAAAACAAAUCUGAUAAUGCCUGGUAGAACAAGGACACAAAAUGUUACAAAACAAUUUGAGUUACCUUCAGAAGAUAGAGAUCACCACAGACAUAUUUCUGAUUCUCUGUCUGAUCCAAAGCUUUCAGUUGCAACUGAUGAUCACAUUCAUAAAGGUUCUUUAAAAUUUGAUCAAUCAGAAAAAGAGAAAUAUCCAGUUUUAACUUCUAAGACACAAUUAUCUACACAUGCAUCUUCUAGUGGGAUUAAAAAUAGCAAUACGAAUGGGAAUGUUUAUGAAAAUAAAAGAUUAAUUGACACUUCCAUUUCUCAUGAAAAAUCUAGCAAGCUUGAAGAUGAAGAAGGGUUACAUGCUCCUCCAAUCAUAAAAGAAUCUACUGACAAAUUACCUAGAUUGUCAAAUUCAAAUGAUAAUUCAAAACUUUCUAUUUUAUCAAGAAAAGUAACCAUUCUAACAACUACUCCCACUACCAGAAGUCAUCACCAGAGUUCUACCAGAGCUUCACCAUACCGUUUACUUCCAUCACACUCAAGACGACUGCAUAUUGGGAGGGCAUCAUUUUCCACCACUGCACGUUCUCCAACUAUUUCUCUUGUUCGUAGUACCACUUCUCCUGCUCGAACACUUCCUCCUACUAUUUCUUCAACACCAUACCAAAGAUUACAAAAUUCGAGACUACAAUCUCCAUUACGAAGACAACAAAUAAGACGUUACCAAAGACCAGGUAGCAAUGGAAGGCCGAACCUGACACGACCGAAUGGACUUGGAAAUGGAAAUGGACAAUUAUCUAGCAACAACAAUCUCAAUGGACAGAGGAUGAUCUAUGGACCUCAAGGAACAAAGUGGGUUGUAGAUCUGAAUCGUGGAUUAGUUUUAAACACUGAAGGAAGGUAUCUUCAGGAUUCCCAGGGGAAGCCUCUGCGUAUACGGCUAGGGGGAGAUGGUCGGACCAUUGUUGAUCUUAAUGGAACUCCAGUUGUAAGCCCUGAUGGAUUACCUCUGUUUGGUCAUGGAAGAUUUAGUAAACCUGUUGCAAGUGCUCAGGAUAAACCUGUGUUGACCUUAGGUGGGAGACCACUGAGAGGUCUUGAAGUAGCAAGAACCACCAGACUUCCUACAACAAGAAUAACUACUACCAUUACUACGACCACUACAACUGCUACCACCACCAUUCCUCCGACAACAACACAAACUACUUCUGAACCAACAACAUUUGUACAAACUACGGAAGAACCAGCAAUGCCUACUUGUGCUCCAGGCACUUAUUCACAGUAUGAUGAGGAAGGAAAUCUUAUCAUGGGAACUGAUGACAAGCCUGAUUGCUACAUAGAAGAUAGUUUCUCUGGUCAAGAAACCGAUUUCAUCAGUACAACUCAGGGUCCAGAAAUGGUUACUUACUUUGAUGUUGAUCAAGAUUAUGAGAUACUUGAAACCAUUGUUCCUACAGUAAAGACAACCACUACUCCAGCUUUCAUUGAGGAAAUUGAUAUCAGAUUAUUCAAUUCCAACUUGGUCUCAGAAGUUGAUGUAGCGGGAAAGAAACGAAUUACUGCUCCAUAUGUGACUUACAUCAGUAAAGACCCAUCUGCUCCAUGCUCACUGACUGAGGCUUUGGAACACUUCCAAGUGGAAAGCCUUGAGGACAUCUUACCCAAAGAUAUUAAAGAUGAAGUAUUACCACCUCAAAAGAUAAAUUACAACAUCACUGUUGUGGCAGUUGAAGGUUGCCAUUCCUUUGUCAUUUUAGAUUGGGCCAAGCCUAAAAAAGGAGAUUAUAUUACAGGAUAUUUGGUCUAUAGUGCUUCAUAUGAUGACUUCUUGAGGAACAAGUGGUCAACACGAACUGCAGGAGCAAACAAUUUUCCAGUUGAAAAUCUAAAACCCAAUACUAGGUACUAUUUCAAAGUACAAGCAAAGAAUCCUUAUGGAUUUGGACCAGUGAGCCCCUAUGUGUCAUUUGUUACGGAGUCAGAUAACCCUCUGCUUAUUGUGAGACCCCCAGGUGGCGAACCAAUUUGGAUCCCGUUUGCUUUCAGACAUGAUACUAGUUUCACAGGUUGCCAGGGGAAACAAUAUGUUAAGCGAACAUGGUACAGAAAGUUUGUUGGCGUUGUCCUUUGUAAUUCUCUGAGAUACAAGAUUUAUCUUAGUGACAGUCUAAAAGAUACAUUUUACAGCAUAGGUGACAGCUGGGGCAGAGGAGAGGAUCAUUGUCAAUUUGUAGACUCAUACAUGGAAGGAAGAACAGGACCGAUGAAUGAAGUCAACAUAAUGCCAACAAUUGAUGGUUAUUAUCGUCAGGAUGUUCAAGAGCCAGUAAUGUUUGGUCGAAUUGGCUAUGGAACACCCCAUAAUUAUGUGGGAUGGUAUGAAUGUGGAGUACCUAUACCCGGAAAAUGGUAGACCUACAACUAUCUAGCUCCAAGAAUUUAACAGUUUUUUUUAACCUAAUCAUGAAGGUGUAUUUCAAAUAACUUAAGAAGUAUUCACGUCACUGUGUUGAAAUGGACAAAGAUAAAAAAUGAAACAUUACUUUCUUCAAGGCAAAAGCCGACAAAAACAAAAUAUAUGGUGCUGCAUCUGAGUAUUGUUGGAUGCCUCAAUGGGACUUUUUCAUAUACGUCUUUUGUAUACAAAUGCGGUAAGAUAUGCUUGUCUGGGUAAAACUCUUAACCGCUUGGAAUAAUGACAUAGCUUUCAAGAAUUACAUAAGCAUGCUGUGCUUGCUUACUUGAAAGGUAAACACCAUUUUUAAAAAAAAAAAAUUCUAUUAUUAUCCACUGGCAGAAUUUUACUUUUCAGAAUUAAAUGUUGCAUUCACACAUACUUUAUUAGAUAUCAGUAGAAAUAAAACCACCAUCAUCUUGUUGCCGGUUCUAUCUUAUGAUAGUCAGUCCAAUAUUAUUUGUGCUUGUUUGUAUAAAUCACCAUGCAUAUUUGUAUAUACAUAUACUGAAUUCAUUUGUGCACUAGUGAUGUUGAUAUGGAGCAGUUAAUAAUCAGGGAUAUGUUUGCAUUUUUAUCUUUGUAAAUGUGGUAUUUUAUGGUGCUUGACAUAUCUUAGAGACUUUAUGUAUUCAGUUAUUUGAAUGCCUUAUCUAAUAAAUGAGAAUCAUUUCCCAACAAUACAUUUCUAGUAGGUAUAUCGAUUGGCUGCUUAAAAAGUCCAAUGUCAGGCUAAUUAUUCCCAACACAAUGUAGAUAUUUAUAUCUCAUUGUGGGCAAAAUAUAGCAAAAAGUGCAGCACUAAAUCAGAAGGUGCAUCAACUUUUUACAGAUAAUUUAUGGAACAAAUGGAUGUUGUUAAAGGGAUAUGAAACCCAAUUUUUUUUUCUUUCAUGAUUCUAAUAGAGCAUGCAAUUUUAAACAACUUUCCAAUUUUCUUAUUAUCAAAUUGUCUUUGUUGUCUUAAUAUCCUUUGUUGAAAAGCAUGGAGUUAAGCUCAGGAGAGUGUAUGUCAGCGGUACUAAUGGAAGUGGGUUUGGCAAGAAUGUUAUACAUUUGCAAGACAACUAGAGGGCAGCACUUUUUCCUGCCAUGCAGUUCUACAGACACCUAGCUAGGUGUCUUUUUAAAAAAAAUACAAAAUAGAAGUAAUAGAAGUUUUUUUCCUUUUGCAUGCUCUGUCUGAAUCAUAAAAUAAAAAUGUUGGCUUCCUGUUCCAUAUGUUCAGAAUAAACAUCUGUCUAUUUUCUAGAGAAUUGAACAACUCCACCAAACAAACAUUAUUUAAUGAUAUAUAAUUGUUAGUACUCUAUAUUAUAAGAAUCAAAUAAACUUUUAUUGCCAAUAUUCUAUGGAAAACUAUAUUCACAUUUAGGACUAUCAAGUUCCAAACUGGAUUUGGAAUUCAUUUUUCUAGAAAAAUAUUAAAUACAAUUUAUGACAAAUGGUGCUCUCAUGCAUUCCCGGUGAAUAUGUGAGGAGGACCAUAAAUCAAAUGAUUGAUAACAGUCAACUAAAGUUGAAAUGAUAAAAUACUCUUCACUAUUAUACACCAAAAUCAAUUUCCGAAUCUCAUUUUUAUUCACUGUUGAAAGUUCCUUUUAAACUUAAUAUAAAAAAACAAUUUUAUUUUGCACUAAAUUUCACUAAGGCCUAGAUUACAAGUGGAGUGCAAAAUUGCGCUUUUGCAAGCACGAUAUUUGCAUUCCACUCAGUAAUACCAGAGCAGGCAAAUGUGCGCUGGUAUUACAAGUUGCGCUCGCUUCAAUAGGCUCCAAUGGGAGCCUCAUUCUAAUGCUGUCAGCAAAGAACCUUGCACAGCGCAGGAGGUAAGUCGCACAGCAUUGGGCAGCAAAUUUAAAACAUAUAUGAACAUAUACAUAUAUAUUUACAGUUUAAAUACAGUCCCCAUAGACCGCUAUGUAAAGGUACUUAAGGAACCAUUUUUUUUUUCUAACACCCCACAUUCCUUCACUUUAACCCCUUAUAACUGUUUUGUGCAGUUAUUAUAAUUAUUAUUAUUUUUUAAAAAGAUGCUCAUAUUUUUUAUUUUAAUAAAGGAACUGUAUACUAUAUUUGGGGUGAAAUUGGGGGACAUUUUUUUAAUUAACAAGAGAUCUAACCUCUGGUUAAUUGCGCUUAGUGCAAAGUGCUACUGCAAGCUUGCGGGAGCAUUAACCAGCCACUUGUAAUGGCUGAUUUUUUAACGUGCGCCUGUACAUGUUCAAAUUUGCCCCUUUAUGGGCACACACUGAAUAGCGCACCACUUGUAAUCUGGCCCUAAAUUAACUUUAGCAUUACACACACAAAAUAAAUGUCUAUUUAAGCUAAAGAAUAUAUUUUCUGUAGCUGAAUCAUUCCAAUAAUUUCCCCCCUUUAACCCUUGCUUGUACAAUAUACACAGCAAACAAAAUUCUUUAGAACUCAGCUAGUAUAUGCUGUCUAUAGAAUGGUUGCAUUAAAGGGACAUGAUCUUGUGUGAUUUAGAUAGAGAAUAUAAUUUAAAAAAAGUUUGCAACUUGCUUCUAUUACCAAAUUUGCUUCAUUCUUAUGUUAUUCUUUGUUGAAGACUAGAGAUACCUAGGUAGGUAGUGUGCACAUGUAUGGAGCCCUACAUGACAGGAAAACAUGCUGCUAUCUAGUGCUGUCUCUUACAAAUGAAUAACAUUUUUGCAAAAUAGCUGUCAUAUAGCUCAGAAGACAAGUGCACGCUUUUGAGCUUACAUCCAUGCUUUUUAACAAAGAUACCAAGAAAAUUAAGACAAUUAGAUAAUAGAAGUAAAUUACAAUAACGAAUAAUCAAUAAUGAAUGUAAAAUAAACAAUUAUUGAUGGUUGUGACCAAUAAAACACACUUGUAUUCUGUAUAGUCAUGAAGUAACAGCAUAAUCUGUUACACCAUAGGAAGGUUCGCGCGAAAUAAUAGGAAGGUUCGCGUGAAAUAAGCAGCAUCUGCUGCUUCGUAAAUAUACCCCAGAGCUAGGGAUGGCCGAAUGUUUCUAAAAAAUCAAAAUUUCAAACGAAUUUUGAUACAUUCGUUCGUUUGAAUCAAAUUUCGAAUGUUUAAAUAACAUUCUAACAUUCUAUUUUUGUUUUAAAAAAUUUCAAUACAAUUGUAAAAUAUUUGUUCGAAAUAAUAGAAUGUUUAGCUAUGUAUUUAUUCAAUUUUGAAAUGUAAUAUUCGAAUUCGAAUGUGACAUUCGAAUGUAAGAUUCAAAUUUGAAAUAGUAUUUCUAGUCUACAAUUGUGUUUAAUAAAUGUAAUAUUUAAAUUUGAAUGCUACAUUCGAAUUUCAAUGUCACAUUCGAAUUCGAAAUAGUAUUUCUAGUUUAAUACUGUGUUUUUUAAAUGUAAUAUUCUAAUUUUAAUGUCACAUUCGAAUUUGAAUGUCCCAUUCGAAUUCGAAUGUCACAUUCAAAUUCGAAAUAGUAUUUCUAGUUUACAACUGUGUUUAAUAAAUGUAAUAUUCAAAUUCGAAAUAGUAUUUCUAGUCUACAAUUGUUUUAUAAAUGUAAUAAUCGAAUUUGAAUGUGACAUUCGAAAACUGUAAAUAACAUUCGAUAACAACAUUUUUAAGAAUAUUUGUUCUUAUCAACAUUCUGUUAUGUAAAUCGAAUUUCUACAAUAACAUUCAUUCUAACAUUCGAAUUUGAAUAUAAACACAUUCGCCCAUCCCUACCCAGAGCAUCUAGUGCCAGCAACAAAUAAUUCUAGAAAAACCUACAAAACUGUAGCAAAAACUUAUGUUACCUAAACAUGUAAAAGUACAGUAUAGUUAGAUAACAUAAUCUUCUGAAUCUAGACUGUCUCACCCUUGAUCCAUUCUAGUACCUAGGAAUUUGUAAAUCUUACUUAAAAAUUAGUAGUUGAGUUAGUAAUUUCAGGAAAUGACUGUAGAAUAGUGGUUCAGUCAUCUUAAUUUAAAUAUAAAUUAAAUUCUAAAUUGAAAUAAUUAUGAUUUAAUAGUAUCUUGCAUACUCAAAGCAGAAUUUCCUAUAGCACUUUUAUGCAAAAUUUACAGCUUUUAUUAUAUAUCUACCGUGAGUUUAUACAGUUUGUUAAACCACCAUCAUCUUCCAUUCAUUUCCAGUAAUGAGAUGCAUGCAAAGGCACAAAAGUGACUGCAUUUGUUUAGUGAUUUAUGCAACAUGUUGAGACACUAAUAACUGACCUCUUACAUAAAAAACAAAGGAUACUUAUGUGUUGGUUUUAAUGUUUUUUUUCAGGCUAUGAAACUCACAUACUGAUAGGUGUGGCACUAUGGUUUUUACUGCUAAGAGUUGUAAAGUGCAAUAUUCAGUAAAAAAAUAAAUAAAAUCGUCUUCACCUAAAUGCACAAUAAUGUCUGUUCUUCUUUGAAUAUUAAAUAUUGACAUUAAA